GCCCAGCCGUCGAGCCGUGAACAUUCAACGUGAACUGCGUCUCAUCCAACAGGCAUAUUUCCAAGGCUUCGAAAAAUGGAAUCGGAGGAGAAAGGUCCCGCAUCGAACGGAGUGUCGAUGACCCCCUCGGCGAAGGAGACGUUCUUCCACCGCCUCUACCGCGACGUCCCGCUGGUGCAGACGCUGUGGGGGAAAGGCUGCGAGAUCCACAAGAAGGCGGAGGAGCGACUCCCCGGUUAUGCCUGGAUCGUCUCGGGCCCCGUGCACGACGCCGCCGUCUCCGUCUCUGCCAACCUCAUGCACAUCCCCAAAGUCGGAGAAUACGACGAGAACGGAGCGUCGGGGACGUGGUCGACUCUCCUCUCCGCCCUCAGCCAACUCUCCCAACCUGCUCUUCUCUACUACUCGAAAUGGAUGAGGCUGGCCCGUCGGAAGGUGAGAACCAUGCGGCGGAUGGGCAGGCCCGGGGCGGAGUUCGAGGACGCCCAGGAAUCGCCGACCUCAAAGCGCCUGACGUGGCCGGUGCAGGCGCUGCAGGAGAUCUUCCUCGCCCCGCUGUACCUUCUCGGCCUGAAGGGACGGGAGAAGGAGGAGAUUCCGCUGGUGCCCGUCCACGGCGAUGGCGGCUCCCCGAAUCGGCCGGUCGACGCGGAGCGGACGAGGGAAGACGGGAGGGAGGGGGAGAGGCUGGAUGAGGAAGCGCUCGACGAAGAAGAGAGGCUGGAUGAGGAAGCGCUCGACGAAGAAGAGAGAUUGGAUGAGGAAGCGCUCGACGAGGAAACACCUGACGAGGAAGAUGAAGUUGUUGAUCCGGAUUACGUGCGUCCGUUCGGUUGCAGCCUCCAGAAGUACCGAGCGACUCCGAACCGGAAGAAGCCUCAGAGCAAGAAGCAGACGAAGGCAGACGACCCGAGUCGGCGGAUCGGCCUCUCCCCGACCACGGAGGUGAGGCCACUGACCACGGUGAGGCCCCUGGCAACAGUGAGGUCGCUGACCACGGUGAGGCCCCCGACCAAGGAGGUGAGGCUCCUCCCCCUGCCGAACUCAUAG